UUUUUUUCCGACCGGACACUCUUCCGUGUCGGACAGAUUCCGUUGACAUUGCUGGAGAGGAGGAGGAAGGGACAGGACUGGCGUUACCAGAGCUGAAGAUUUUAUUGAAGGGAGCCGCACUCGAGUGGCAGCCCGCUUCUGAAGCGUAACAGCAGGACACCGGGCAGUCAUGUAUCGGCGGCCACUGCAGUCUGCCGUCAGAAACCUUCUGACGGUGAGCGCGUCCGGAGCCGCCAGCCGAAAGGUGGUCAAUCGGGAAGCCCACUGUAUCAGAGCUUUAGCAGGCUGCCAAGCGAUCAGCGUCUCCUCACCAUGUCGAACAGUGCAUACGACCACACAGCUCUACAACGUGAAGGAGACGCCGCAGCACACAGAGGAGGAGGUCGGGGCCUUCACAAAGCUGAUCGAAGCCAUGGGCUUCACUGGACCUCUCAAAUACAACAAGUGGAAAAUCAAGAUUGCUGCUUUGCGCAUGUACACAUGCUGCGUAGAGAGAAUCAACUACGAUGAUUUCUUUGAAAAGUGCGCCCUCCCUGACACUCUCAACUCAUGGUUCCUGGUGGCACAGCUGCAUGUGUGGAUGUGUUUGGUUCGGAUGCGCCAGGAGGGCCGAGCAGGAAAGUACAUGUGCCGCUACAUUGUCCACUCCAUGUGGGAAGACGUAGAGCAGAGGAGCAAAAUCAUGGGGGUUGAUGCCAUCCAUAGAAAGGAAGCCAUGAAAGUGAUGACGGAGACGUUCUACGCAGCUCUGUUUGGAUAUGACGAGGGUAUCCUGUCCGAUGACUGUGUACUGGCAGCAGCUCUGUGGAGGAAUCUGUUUAAUCGUGACUGUGAAGAUCCCCGGCAGCUGGAGCUCAUGGUGGAGUAUGUACGCAAACAGAUGCAGUACAUCGACUCUCUGAAUGGGGAGGACCUGCUGCUCACAGGGGAGGUAAAGUGGCGCCCUCUGGUGGAGGAGAAUGCGCAAAGCAUCCUGAAGGCAGUCACACCCACCUACAAUGACGCCGGACUGUGAGACAGGGAGAUUGGACGUCUGUUUCCUCAGUCCUCUUCAUCCUUCUUUGAUCAUGUCUGUCUUCACUCUUUUCUGUCAGAUAUGGAGGAAUUUUAAGUCUGAUAUAACGUCUGUUGCUGUAGCUUCCUUUUCUCUCCUUUCUGGAGGUUCAGUAUAAGCAGUGCACACAGUCAGGAUUUACUUCCACUGCUGUCCUGUUGGGUCUUAGAGUCUUUGCUACUACCUGUCUGCAAAUUGUUCAGCAGGAAGAGAACACUGUAUUUAUAUCCUGUUGUUUGUUCCCUGAAUGCCACGCUGUAUUUAUGUGUCCCCCCCAUGUUUACACUCUUCACCUGCACAGGUGUUGGCUCAGAUUUCACUGUGUGUCAGAUGAAGGUCUGGAGUUCAUCCUCAUCUCCUCUGAGUUUCUCUGUCAGGCUCGUCUCUUGAUGCUCUGAGACCGGAACAGGAAGCCUCAUCACUGCAAUAAAAACAAGAAAGUUUUUAAAAAAGUGACUUCAAUAAAAUGUUCUCUGUAACUGCU